AUGGGACGGAUCGCACCCAUCCGUCUGUCACUGGCGCAGGAUGUGGAUGCGCCUUUUCCACUAGUAGAUGUCUGUGUGACCGCCCUUGUUCUCGUCCUUCGACGAUGUUGGUGGAUCGACUUCACGCUGCGCAUCCAGCGCAGGAAGCGUCGGCAGGGAUCCGUGGUCAAGAGUGGUAGGAUGAAAAUACUGCGGUCGACGCUAAGGAGGCCGACCAUUCGCCUUCAAAUGGCCUCGAUCAACACUGGUCUCGCUGAAUUGGCAAGGCUUGGCCCAAUAGUGGUUGGGCGUCACCUCUCACACAUCAUAAUCGGUCGAAGUAAGACGACCGUAAAGGUUAAAUCAAUCUAG